AGGGUGAGUCUGGCUUUUUUGCAGUUUGGCAAACCAGACCACCAGUCCCUUCUUGGAUCCGGCUUUCAACUACUACCCUUCUUGAGAAAACCCGUGCAUAAUUUGGAGACAUGGCUGUCCAGCGCAACUCCUUGGAGUCUCGCGAUCUUGAGCAGGUCCCCCCUGAGAAGGACCAGACUGUUCACGCAGAAUGGUCCCGAGGAGGGAUCUCGCAGGACGACAUUGACUUUGUGGCCAACUUUCCCGAUGAUCGCAAGAAAAAGAUCUUGCGAAAGAUCGACUUGCGCCUUGUUCCAAUGCUCGUCUUGCUGUACCUUGUUGCUUAUCUCGACAAGACCAACAUUGGCAAUGCAAAGAUUGAGGGCAUGACGGGGGACUUGGGUCUGAAGGGAAUUGACUACAAUGUGGUUGUUGCCGUCUUUUUCAUCCCCUUCAUCCUCUGCGAGGUCCCUUCCAACAUGGUUCUGCAUGUCGUCAAGCGCCCUUCCUGGUACAUUGCAGCCCUCGUCUUGUGCUGGGGAAUCGUCAUGACCUUGACCGGCAUUGUCCAGAGUUAUGCCGGCUUGAUCGUCAUUCGUCUUCUUUUGGGUGUCUUUGAAGCUGGAUUUCUUCCUGGAGCAAUCCUCAUCAUCUCCAACUGGUAUCUUCCUGGCGAGACGCAGACCAGGAUCGCAAUCUUGUACACCUCAGCCGCCACAGGAGGCGCCUUCUCCGGGCUCCUGGCUUAUGCUAUCGCCAAGAUGGACGGCGUCGCAGGCCUGCAUGGCUGGCGGUGGAUUUUUAUCCUUGAAGGAAUCAUGACCGUCUUUGUCGCGUUCAUGUGCUUCUUCCUCCUCUGCGACUCGCCUGCUCUAUCUGGAAGCUGGCUCGACGCGGACGAGAUUCGCUACCUCGAGCUUCGACAGGUCACCCGUCGCGCCACGAACGCUCGCGAGUUCAAGGAGAGCAACAAACACUUUGACAAGGCCAUUUUCAGGGACAUAUUCUGCGACUACAAGAUCUAUCUCUUGAUCUUUGCCAACUGGUCCAACGCGGUGCCCAACUACGCCAUGAAGUUCACGAUGCCAACCAUCUUGACCUCCAUGGGCUACACAUCGGCCCACGCGCAACUGAUGACAAUCCCGCCCUACGCCAUUGGCGCCAUCUCUGCGUAUUCAUUCGCCAUCUUUGCGGACAAGUAUACAUGGAGAUACCCAUUUAUUAUCGUACCGCAGUGCUGCAUUAUUACAGCCUUCUGCAUCCUUUUCGCCAAGGGCGGAUCGAUCGCGGACAAUGUUGGCGUGUGCUAUUUCGCAGUCUGCCUAGCCUGCUUCGGCAUGUAUCCCGUGCUUCCGGGCGUCAACGCGUGGAACGUGGCCAACACACCCGACCCGGCCAAACGCUCCGUCAACAUCGGUGUGCUCAUCUGCAUAGGCAACGUUGGUGGACUCAUUGGCUCCUACAUUUACCUCGACCGCGAGAAGCCCAGGUAUCCGACAGGGUACGGUACCUCUCUCGGAUUUGCGGUUGCUGGGAUUGCAGCGGCCACCAUCCUGGAGCUGUUGCUGAAGAGGGGCAACAAGCAGAAGGCGAUGAUGACCGAAGAGGAGGUCAGACAGAAGUAUACGGAUGAAGAGCUCGAGAGGAUGGGAGAAAAGAGCCCACUGUUCAAGUAUGCGUUGUAGGGCCUAGAUGUCUGGUUGGAUAUGUCGGGGUCAGCAAGUCUCUCGGCACUUGGGUCAGGGUUGGAAGUCGGUCUCUCAGAUCAGCUCUAGAUGGCGAAUUCACAUUUUUGAAGCAAGC